AUGACGACGUCUGGCGGCGCGUUCUCGCUCGGCAUCUCGUCCGAAGAGAAGCUGUCGCUCCCGCUCGACGCGUUGAUCCAGAAAACCAGACAGCAACAAAGCAAAGCCAAACAGACGUCUACGGGGGCCAAGACGAACAAGAAGAGCAGCAAGAAACAGCUGCAACAGCAGCAGCAGCAGUCGACAAAGAGCCACAAGCAGCAGAACGUGAAGAAGACAGUGCUCGUGCCCGUGUCCAAAGCUGCUCGCGCGAAGGCGUCUCUUGUGAUGGCGUCGGCCAAGAGACAGACUGUGAUCAACAAGCGGCGGACGGGACUUGUGCUGGCUGGAAAGAAGGGGAAAAAGGCCGUUGCGACGGUGCAGUUGCGCCCGCGCAAGACGUCGGCCGUGCGCAAGCUGCAGUCGCCGGCGCCGCCGCAGGGGAAGGCGAAGGGCGCCGCACGUGGCGGACUGGACGUGUCGAACAUUAUCAACCACUUUCGCUCGCACCCCAAGAAGUUUGACGUGCCAAAGGGCAGCAACCUCCGCAUCACCAUCAAUCUGCACAGCGUCAAGCCUGUCGUUGGCGGCCACAAGUAG